AUGAAAUAAAAUGUCACUUGUACAGAUCAUGGGAAGUUAAUGGAAUAUCUAAAUUUUCAUGCAAAUUCUAAAUGCAAUCUGUUUUGUGAGGAAUGCAUUAAAAGUUAAAACAUUUAAAAUACAUUAGUAAGAAUAGAUAAAAUUAGGGAUAAGGUUGUAAAUGAAUUAAAAAGCAUCAAGCAAUAUUAGGAGAAAUAUUAAAAUAAAAUUAGAAUUAUUUAAAAUUCAUUAAUUUCUUUAAAGGAAAAAGAAUAGUAAUUAUGUAAAGUUAUUGAUGAUAUUGAUAUCUAUUAAUUUUAAAAUGUUUAAGAUUAUAUUUAAAAAAUUUAUAGAAUUAACAAUGGAGAUGUGUAGGCAACACUUACUCAAUAAUUUUUUCAAGAUACACAACCUAUUGAUUAACUAUAAAGAAUGUUUACUUUCAGCCAAGAAUAUAAAAAUGAAUCUGUUAUAUUAUUGAAUAAAUUCACAAUAAAACAAAGUAUUAUGGAUGAUAAUUCAUUGAUUAGAUAAAGUGAUUAUGAAUUCCCUUGCAGUUAUUGA